AUGCCUGUUAUCUGGAAAAAACAAAAUUCCAGCCUUAGAUACUCGGACGGCUGGGAGGUUCCUAUCUUCAUAAAUGAGAACACCUAUAAUGGGUGCUUAAAUGGUUUGAAUGUUUCUGGUCACUUUCAUUCAUUCAUGUCUUUUUAUUCAAAUAUGUCUAAAGAAAAACGAGUAAUAGAAGAAGAUAUCAUCUGCAACUGUUGUGGAAGGGCAUUUAAUACACCGACCGUGUUUCCAAAAAUGACGGCCUCAAUGAUAUUUCAAAGAACUGGUAUACCCCGAGGAUCUACAAGACCCGAAAACAAGACGGGGUAUGUUAUAAGAGUCCCAGAUUUGUCACUUUGUGCAAAGGUUGGUGACUUCCAACAUGCCAUCUUUAUCGCGGAAGUAAAAUCUGUUCAAUUUAUAAGAUCCGAAAAUAGCCCUCCGGACCCAGACUCCAUAAAGCUAGUAAAUGAAAUGAAAGAUGAACUCGAUUCUAUUAUGGAUACCAUUGACAAAGAGCAUCGAAUCGUAUAUUCAUUAUUAGUCCAAGGCUCCCCUAGAAAUUGA